AUGUUUGCUAUUCUUCUAGUGCUGGGGAUCUCUUUGUACAUUUUCUCCCGCCACAGAGGAAGAGGGCUUCUACGCAGAUAUCCGGGCCGCUAUGCAAUCGUCCUGGGUGCCACAGGCGGUCUUGGAACGUCAUUUUGCAAGCGUCUCCUAGACGAGGGAUACUCCCUCAUCGUAUCUGGCAGGUCUCUUCAGUCUAUCAGUGGCUUGAAAAGCCGACUCGACGUGCCUGAUAAUAAGCUUGUUCCUUUUCCGUACGAUGCAAGUUCUGCCACGAUUGGGGAUUUUUCUACAAAGCUUAAUGAGUUGCUGACUAUUCAUGCCAUCGAUCAAGAUGACAUUGCCGUGGUCGUCAUGGCUGCUGGAUUUGGGGAGUACUCCUCUUUCGAGGACACGACCCUCGAGCACAAGUUAUCUUUGCUCAAUUGCGAUUUUGUCUUUCCGGUUGAAGUCUCAGACUACUUUUACAAACAGUUCUGCGCUAGGAAUAAAAAGCCCCGUGACCGCACUGCACUGAUCUACAUCUCAUCCUGUCUCGCUGUGCACCCUGGCCCCAACUUUGCUCUCUAUCACGCCUCGAAGGCCGGUGUCUCUGCCUUGGCAUCGUCCCUCUACAUGGAGGCAGCAAGGCACCGCAUUGAUGUUCUAGCGGUACACCCAGGGACAAUCAAGGACUCUAACUUCUUCCAGAGGCCAGAAAUGCACUUCGGCGACCUUCCUCGCACGCGAAAACUCGGUCACACUAAGCUUUUAUCACUCACCACGAAGCAAAUUGUUGACGAGACCUUUAAGUACUUAGGUCUAUGUGCCCAUCUUCAUGUUGGCUUGACGUCCUGCAUGACAGUUGCUCUCUACUCCUUGGUACCGCGUUCCAUCAUAUGUUGGCUUAUCAGACAUAAAUAG